GCCUUCAAGGCUGCUCAGUCCUUCAAUGGCAAGGAGAUGGUCAUCAAGGCUCAGGUCCUUGCUGGUGGGCGUGGAAAGGGACACUUUGACUCGGGGCUGCAAGGUGGUGUCCACUUGAUCAAGACGUAAGCUCGAGCAGCAAGCACCGAGGACUCAGCCUUGACUGCGUGCUUCUCUACUGACCCGCCUUCUCCCAUCGCCUCUCGCUCGCCCGCAGCGCCGAAGAGGCCCGCGACUACGCCUCCAAGAUGCUCGGCUCCAAGCUCAUCACCAAGCAGACAGGCAAGGCUGGCCGAAUCUGCAAUGCCGUUAUGCUGGCCGAGGCUCGCCCCCCUGCACACGAGUACUACGUCGCUCUCCUCAACGACCGUACUACGCAGCUGCCCGUGCUCGUCGCCUCCAACCAGGGAGGGAUGAACAUCGAAGAGGUCGCAAAGGAGACUCCCGAUGCCAUUAUCACUACGCCGAUUGAUUUCGAAAAGGGACUGGACAAGAAGACUGCGCUCGACGUAGCAAAGAAGCUGGGCUUCAGCAGUGAGAAGCAGGAGGACCAGGCGGCCGACACCUUCAUUAAGCUCUACCAGCUCUUCCGUGAAAAGGACGCGACCCAAGUCGAGAUCAACCCCCUCGCCGAGUCAAAGGACGGCGCCGUCCUCUGCAUGGACGCCAAGCUUGGCUUCGACGACAAUGCCGACUUCCGUCAGCAGGACGUCUUCAAGCUUCGUGACCCUUCUCAAGAGGACCCGGAUGAGAUCGAGGCUGGACGCGUGGGAAUGAACUUCAUCAAGCUCGACGGUAACAUCGGAUGCCUCGUCAACGGUGCCGGGCUCGCGAUGGCGACGAUGGAUGUGCUUGCUACGCACGGCGGUUCCCCUGCCAACUUCUUGGAUGUGGGAGGAUCAGCCAACGCCGCUGCGAUCAAGAAGGCCUUCGAGCUCCUCCUGGGCAGCAAGGACGUGCGAGCCAUCUUUGUCAACAUCUUUGGCGGUAUCCUCAAGUGUGACCUCAUCGCAGAGGGAAUCGUCGUUGCGGCCUCUGAGCUCAACUUGAAGGUUCCUCUCGUAGUCAGGUUGCAGGGCACUAACGUCGAGCGCGCUAGGGAGAUUCUGGCAAAGUCGAAUGUGGAUGUCAAGCCGUACGAGGGGCUUGAUGAGGCGGCAAAAGAGGCUGUGCUGAGGGCGAAGCAGGGGGCGUGAGGUACUGUACACGGGACUAGAUGCUGCGCUGCUGAGCAAUGGGAUGAGUUGUUGUUACAGAUCGCGAGGCGCGUGCGUCUUCUCUGAUUGCUCGAAGGUAUACAUGUUGUUGGACGUUCUCACUGGCCCGCUUGCUCACACAUCUCCA